UAGGCCUCAGCGCGGCGCGGCCCGGCAGCUCCGCUCCCCGCCCCGCCGGGCCCCCCGCGCCGGGCCGCGGGCCCAAAGCGGGCCGAGCCCCGCCGCCGCCGGAGCUUGGCGGCUGGGGGGAAGCAGCGGGGGCGCCUCGGCCGGGACCGCUCCCCCCGCUCCCCCCACCCCGGCGGGGCGAGGGGGGCCGCGGGCUGGAGGGGGGAACUGGGGGCGGCAUUAAUUUGCCGAAAUGACUUUUAAUGAGCGGCGGUGGUUGGGGGGGCCGGGGGGGCACCCCGUCCCCCAGCCCGGUCCGGGGCUGCCGCGGCGGAGGCGGUGCCGGUCCCGCGGGGCGUGCGGGGCCGCGGCCUGGAAAGUUUGGCGGCUUUUUUAGGGGGCUCCUUCCCCCGCGCCGCCGCCGCGCUCCCCGCGGCACUGGGGAUGGGGCCGGGGGGGGUUCGGGGCGCCCCGAGACGCAGCCGCGGGUCCCCCGGCCCGGUGUGCCCCCGCCCGGUGUCCCCCCUCGGCCGGGCCGGCGGCGGGGGGUGAUUCGCCUCACAACUUUUAGGAGGGGGUGGAGGGGCGGUUUGGGGAGGCCCGUCAGAGUUGCCCUCCCCACCCCGUGAGCUGGCGGCACGUUGCGGGGGUCCCGGUCCCCGGAGCUGGGGGUGAGGGAGGGAAGAGAGGGGCUGGCUCGGCCUCGCCGUCGCACCCCGCCAUGUGCCGGGGUCCCUCAGCCGCCCCCGCUGUCCCCGGUUGGCGCCAGCGGGACAGGGGCAGCAGCAGCCCCCGCACAGCCAGGGGACCGGGCUUGUCCCUCUGUCCUGUCCCUGCCGGGGGACCCUGGGUGUCCCUGCAAGCCCACUGGGACAGGGGGGUCUCUGUGAGGUGUCACCCCCCCCCCCCCAGGACUGAAAAUGAAAGGAUGCUUGUUUUCCAGGGAUAAAGAACGUCUGGUAGUUGUGAAGUGAGCCCAGUGGAAACCCCACCAACACGCUUCACCCCGCACAGACAAUCCGCUUCAUCUUGAUUCGUCAUCAUUCCAGGAUAGUGGUGUCCUUGGGGCUCUCUCUUAACACUGAUAUGGUCCAGAAGAUUUAAAAUCAGCUGAUGUUCACAAGGAAUAGAGUCACGUGAUGUAUGAAGGCAAACACAUACACUUCUCUGAGGUUGACAAUAAGCCCUUGUGCUCAUAUAGCCCCAAACUGUGCAAGCAGAGGCGACUUAACGGCUACGCCUUCUGUAUCAGACACGUUCUGGAGGACAAGACCGCCCCCUUCAAGCAAUGUGAAUAUGUGGCCAAGUAUAACAGCCAACGCUGCACCAACCCCAUCCCCAAAUCUGAGGACCGUAGGUACUGCAACAGCCACCUGCAAGUACUUGGCUUUAUACCGAAAAAGGAGAGGAAGAAAAAGAAUGAUCCCAUAGAGGAGGUAAAGGUCAGGCAUCAGAUGGAUGCUAUGGCCUUCAGUCUGACAGUGCCCCCCCUGGCCUUGAAGAUGCCCAAUGGACUGGACGGGAUGUCCCUGUCCCCUCCAGGGGCUCGGCUUCCUCUCCACUACCUGGAGGCAGAAUUAGAAGACCCCUUUGCUUUCAACGAGGAGGAUGAUGACCUGAAGAAAGGGGCAACAGUGAGGAAAAAGUUGCAGAGCAAGUUGGCUCAAAACCGGCAGCGCCAGAGAGAGACAGAGAUUUUAAAAGUUCGCCAAGAGCACUUUAGCCCCCUUCCUGCACCUUUGCAGCAGCAGCAGCCUCUGCAGCAGCAGCACUCCCAUCUGCCACCUUCAUCAGCUUCGUUAAAGCCGACGGGGCUACCGCAGGGUGUAGUCUGCAAGUCACCUCAACCUCCGAACACCAGCCUACCAAUGCAGGGAGUGGCACCCACCACACACACUAUAGCACAAGCCCGGCAGUUGUCUAACAAGAGACCUCUGCCUCUCCUACCACCCGCUAGGGCUCCUGUUGCGGACCCUCCAAGGACUGAUCGGGUCCUCAUGAAAGCCACAGCCUUCUCUCCGCACGCGUCCUGCGUGAGCCGGCUACAGAGACUGGUGAAACUGUGCACUCGAAAACAGCAGCUGGACGCUGACCUGUUUCCGCAUUUAGGGCUGGACUGGUCUGAAGACAGUGGAGAAGAGUGGGAUGAUUCAGAGCAAACCUCCCCUUACCAGGUUGCGUGGUCUAUCCGAGAAACCCUCGGCUAUGAGAGACAUGAGUCCGACGAUGACAACGCAGAUGACAGGAGUUCCAGGGUGACCAGACUUUGCACUUACUUUCAGCAGAAAUACAAGCACCUCUGCCGCCUGGAGCGGGCAGAAUCUCGUCAGAAGAAAUGCCGGCACACGCUCCGGAAAGCCUUGCUGCAGGCGGCCAGCAGAGAGCCGGAGCGCGCUGGGCAACUCAUCCAAGAACUGCGAAGAGCUACGUGUGCUCGGACCAGCACAAGCCAAGUGAGGCAGAGAGAUGCAGAACCAACAACCUGUAGUGGGACUUCGAAGGGAGAACAGUGCACUAACAAGGCCCUUCCAUUCACCAGGCAUUGUUUUCAGCAUAUCUUAUUGAACCGUUCUCAGCAGCUCUUCUCAAGUUGCACAGCCAAGUUUGCGGAUGGUCAACAGUGCUCUGUGCCAGUUUUUGACAUUACACAUCAGACACCUCUGUGCGAAGAACAUGCCAAAAAAAUGGACAAUUUCUUGAGAGGCGACAGCUCCCGUAAAGUUCAGCACCAGCAGCAGAGGAAACCCAGGAAAAAAACGAAGCCGCCUGCACUUACCAAAAAACACAAGAAGAAGAGAAGGCGAGGCCCACGCCGGCCCCAGAAACCCAUUCCUCCUGCAGUGCCCCAAGGGAACCUCACCAUGCCCACCAGUGUCUCACUGCCAGUCGAGAUGCCCCACAUACGGAGCCCCUCCACACCAGAGCUGAGUGCCGAUGAGCUGCCUGAUGAUAUCGCCAACGAAAUCACAGACAUUCCACAUGACUUGGAAUUGAAUCAGGAGGACUUCUCUGAUGUCCUGCCGCGGCUGCCUGAUGACUUGCAAGAUUUUGAUUUCUUUGAAGGUAAAAAUGGAGAUCUCCUUCCGACUACAGAAGAGGCUGAAGAACUGGAACGGGCCCUACAAGCUGUAACUUCUCUUGAGUGCCUGAGUACCAUUGGAGUACUUACACAGACAGAUGGUGUGCCAGUUCAGGAGCUGUCAGAUAGAGGGAUAGGGGUGUUCUCUGCAGGUGCUGGAGCUCCAGGAAUGCAGUCCUUGAGUCGAGAGGUUAACACAGAUCUGGGGGAGCUGUUGAAUGGGCGUAUAGUACAUGAUAAUUUCUCCGGUCUGGAGCUGGAUGAGAACUUGCUCCGUUCUGCUACCUUGUCCAACCCACCUACGCCCCUGGCAGGGCAGAUCCAGGGGCAAUUCUCAGCCCCAGCCAACGUCGGCCUUACUUCUACCACUCUGAUAAGCCAGAGUGGCCUUGGGGAGAGAGCCUUCCCAGGACAGUUUCAUGGACUUCAUGACGGCAGCCAUGCCUCCCAGAGGCCCCACCCUGCCCAGCUGCUGAGCAAGGCAGAUGACCUGAUCACCUCACGACAGCAAUACAGCAGUGACCAUUCACACUCCUCACCCCAUGGAAGCCAUUAUGAUAGUGAGCAUGUGCCGUCUCCCUACAGUGACCAUAUCACAUCCCCUCACACCGCAUCCUUUUCUGGCGAUAACUUGGCAGCUACCUUCUCAGCAGAGAUGCCCAUGAUGGCACAGCACUUGCUCCCAACUCAGCUGGAUGUGCCGCUUAGUGGGGUGGUCAACCCCAGAACUCACUGGGGGAAUCUUCCUGUCAAUCUUGGGGACCCCUCUCCGUUUAGCAACCUUCUCGGUGCAGAUGGACACCUCCUGUCCACCUCCCUGUCCACACCACCUACCACCUCGCACUCAGAGACCACACAGCCUGCCUUCGCCACUGUGACCCCCAACAGCUCCAGCGUGCUGCCGGGGUUACCGCAGACCAGUUUUAGUGGCAUGGGUCCUGCCUCCGCUGAACUCCUGGCCUCCACCUCCCCUAAGCAACAGCUCCCUCAGUUCAGCGCGGCCUUCGGCCACCAGCUGAGCUCCCACAGUGGCAUCCCCAAGGACCUGCAGCCCAGCCACAGCUCCAUAGCUCCUCCCACGGGCUUCGCAGUGACCGGUGCCACCGCUACCAGUACCAAUAACGCAUCCGCGCCCUUCACCACCUCCAACUGAGCUUGUCUGCCUGGCUCUCUGCAGGUAGAUGGGGGACCUGUGUUUUCUAUCUUUCCUUUUUUCCUCCUUUUUUAUUUUUUCUCUCCUCCCUUCCUUCCUUUAUUUUUUAAGAAGGGGUUGAGAAGAAAACCCCCGCUUCAGUACUGACCAGGGUUAGCCCUCUGUGAACCUUGCUGUAGCGUUCACAUGUGCUUGUUACGCACCGGUGCUCAUUUGUUGCAGGCAGGUUCACCGUUCCCCAAAAAUUCCUUAAGGAUACAGCACAGUUAUUGGAUGUAAUUGAUCUUAGCAGUAAGACCUAGAAAUGGAAAGAUACCUCAGAUUACUGAUGCAUGUUACUGUUUCCUAGGGUUCGGAUCAGUGCUUGCCAUCCCAUUAGCAUCUGGUAAAAAGUUUUCCAGUGGACAGAAGUCUCUUGAUUAUUUUUUUUAAAUUUACUUUUUUCCCAAAGGUAGCAUCUGGCAUGGAAAACUUGGCUGCACGCAUUGGUUUGAGAAUGGUGCGUUGAAGUCCUAAAUCAAGAUCAUGGUUCAAGAAUGAGUUUGGCCGUUUCUUAAAAUAAUCUUUCGACCUCCUCUGUGUGCGUGUGUUUGGGGUGCAGGGAGCAGCGGUUCCUUUUCUUCUUGUGGUGAAGAAGUGGAAGCUGUUCCCUUCCACAACUGGUCACUGUUCUUACUGCAUGCUGAUUUUUUAUUUUAUUUUAUUAUGAUGAUUUUUAAUUCAUUGAGCAGCAAGGGGAUCAGUUGACUGGUUGCCCAGAAUCUGAAGGCUGAUAUGAAGUUAGCCCAGCCAAAAAAAAAAAGGAAACCAGAAGGGUUGAAAUAGAUCAUGGAUUAGUGAAGAUGCUUGUGCAGAAAUUCCCUCCCUUGCUGAAUUACUGUGGCCUUGUAGCGUUGAUGAUUUGCCUUUUCAAGUGUGGCUUUGCCCAGAAGUCCUUGCCUGACAGGCUGACAGAUAUUUCCCAGCUGAAACUGGAAAAAAUUUGGUUGGUAUUCUGCCCAUCCACACAAGUCUAGGUCAGAGCCUUUGGUAAGUUUCAAAUGGAUGCAUUUCUCAAAUUAUGUCUAGCUACUGAGACUUUCUUGGGUAGUUUUUUUCCCCCUGGGAGCCGUAUAGUUUUUUUCGACACUUUUAGGGUUCGAUGCUCGGUAUGGGAAGCUGAAUGUAUGUAAGGAACUGGCAGGUACCUAUCAGCAGCCGUGGCUAAACAAAACAUCAAUCAUAAAGCAAAUUAGAGAGGUAGGAAUUCCUUCUGCCUGCAAGACAGUUUUGCUUUUACUGCCCACCUGCUAAAAAUGGUAUUCAGGCUCUUUGGUGGUAAUUACAAGUCUUAAAGGAGUCCACAGUCUUUUAGAUUUAAAAAAUAGAUUUUAGUUUUUUUUUUUUUAAUCCAAGAGAUAACAGCAGCAGAAAUUCUGAGGUGUUUGCUCGCAUCUCUUUAUCAGGAAGGGAAAAAAGUGUUUUCUCGUGAUUUUGUAGGGCUCAAACUUGCUACCGUAAUCUGACUUUGACUGUAAAAGUAGCUUCUGUUUAAUCCAGCAAGUCUCUGCUCUUGGUUUGUUUCUGAGGUGCAGAUGAGAGAGAACAGGAAAUGCCACAUUUCAGUCUCUUACUGUAGAGGACAGAUUUCAUUCUACCCUACAGUAAAACAUCCUGCCUGCAUGUAUUCUAGUCUAAUUGAAGAAAUCAGGAGAUACCAAGCACAUGUAAUAGGGAGGCCUAAUACAUUAUUUGAGCAAGGGAUCACUGAAUGAAAUUUAGUUGGUAUAGUAAUUCAUGUUGUUAGCAGUCAGGCCCACACCAAAAUCUCUGACCCAGACCUCUCCUCCUGUCUUGCUAAGGAACAGAAUUUUAACAGGAUAGGUCUUGUGUCUUCUUACUCUCGUAGCAAUCAUACUAUUCCUCUUUUCUUGAAAGAUUUGUUCUCCUUAAAUAUAAAGGAGUAUGGAUGAUGCAUAUGUCCUUUUCUGAAAUUGCAAGUGUAUGUGGGUGGAGGAAACAAAAAUUAUUUUCAUGCUUCUGUUGUUAUGAAGUCCUUAUUUCUUACUUGGUAAAAUAGAUCUUGAUAAUAUAAGCUGAAUAUUUUUAAGUGGUGAUUUAUGUUUGUAACAUUUAAAUGUUUUAAAAUCAUGUAAAAAGUUGAAUUGAAGCCUAUGAAAUCCUGCUUGUGAUUGUCCUGCUGAUUGAGGAAUGCCCAGUGGUAUCGUGACAUGAGGCAAAUCUGACAAGGCAUUUAUUUAUUUUUGUAUUAUGUUCCCCACACUUUGUCGAGUAGACAACUGUUUGAUUUGCAAAUGAUUUUUGUUGUGUCCGUAUACCUUCUUCAAUGUGUUUGGAUAACUGGCUGAAAAAGAGUGGAGAACUAGUAUACCAAAUGGUUAAUUCUUUAAUCUGCUUGUGUAUUCAUGUCAUUUUAGAGGAUGUUAAUUUCUAUAAAUUGGUUUCAGGUCUUCGGUCUUGAAAUCAUUCUUGUGCCCAUCAAAGUCGUUAAUGAAGCUGCAGCUAGUGCAGAGUGUGUUUGCCCCACAUCACAUUUUUCUUUCUUAGCAAAUGCUGGGGGGGAAGGGAGGAGAGGAACUGAGAGCCAAGUUCUGCUUGCUCAUCUUGGUGUAAAUUACAGGAGAGCUCUUCAGUCUUAGGUCACUGAGUUUGUACUGGUCUAACGCGGAACAGAACCCAGCUCCCAGUCUGAGGAUUGACUUAGAAAGGGAAUUUCAAAAGCUGUGGAGGUCCAUAAUUCCCACUUGAAAUCAAUAGCUGUUAUGUACCUGCCUUCCUCUAAGGCAACCUAGGAUAUCAACUCUCUUCCUCUGCUUAGGCUUCAAUUUUUUGUAUAACCCUUGAUGACUCUUCCCCAAAAAGUGACUACGUAACAUUUUUCAUUGAGCAAACUAAGUUUGCAAUAAAGCUGCACUUUUAAAAAUAAACUUCAGUUUGUAUACAUUUGAAAUAGGAAUCCCUCUGUCCUGGCUGACACAAGAGUUCUGAAACGGGCCGCCACUCUUGCCUUUCCCUGGUUCACCUCCCGUUUUUUUCACUGCCACCGAUUUCAUGGUUAUAGCCUAACCAAGCAGUUACGGGUCUUGAUCUUAGCUUUACCAGGUGGAUCAUUCCAGGUGGGCUUCUACACCCACACAACAUGUUCGCUGAAUCAGUAUCUUACUUUUGGAUGUGAGAGAUCCGAUCUGAGAGGUGCGUGCAGCCAGAGAUGUUUCACACCUCUUCCUCUGGGAAAUAUUGCAGGUCUGGUUAAGAUAGUGCUCGAGGCUGUUAUUUAUGUGGUUCCCAAGUAGAAACCAUGCUCUCUCGCAAAGGUUUUUGAGUAUCAUCUCCUCACAUAGCAAUUAGCACUCUAGAUCACCCUUUUACCAAAGAGCCAGUGUAGCAAUUUCAGCGCAUUGAUUUGAGAUGGUCAAUACCUGCCCUGCCCUUUAGGUGUUAACAAAUGGAUUAAAGCUAGUUGAACCUAAAAGUUAAUUUCUUUACAUAAGAUUUGAGUUUUAAAGAACUGAAAAAAAAUUAGACUUAGAAUGAAAUAACAGUAUCUUUUUUGGUAAUAAUAGCACCUCAAUUAGUCUUUUUACAAAAGUACUUAACACAGGAUGAACUUUGUCAGUGCACAGAGGCUCAGCAGGAGCAGCCACGUGCUGGCCUGGUGUGUAGGGCAUUCUGUCAAACAUGCUUUGACAUUUCUUUUUGCUUAGGAAGACUUUACACCAGCUUUGAGGGGAGCCAUGUGCACUUAGAUACCUCGAAGUUGAUUUAUUCUUCAGCCUCAUGAUUGCUGUGAUACAGGAAGAUGUAUGUGCGAUGCAAGAAGAUGGGAAAAAUACAUCAUUUUAUCUCCUCCUGCCUUCCAGUUGCUCCAGGCUCUUGCUCAGUUCCCUUCUUGUUAGUACCACGUUUCUUUCUAUGGCUGGGAAUAAAGGCUUUAAAUCUAUACAAGGAUAAAAAGUCGAAGGAGAGUCAUCCAUGAUAGUGAAGAGAAGCCAAGGGAACUGGCUUUUUAAUUUAAUUAUUUAUUUUGGAUUGAGAUGGAUAUUAGUUGAGAAACUGGGGAGUUCUGUUGUGAGCUAUUGGGCACAGUGAGAUGCCACCGGCUUGAGGGACGUGGCCAAGGUGAAGUGCUUAGCAUCAAACCUGCAAACCAGUUCCCAAAUAAAGUUUGAAGCUUCUUUUUGGUGUAACCACACCUAGCUACAGUCUGGGAUUGAAUCUGCUUGCCAGGAAAGGCGAGUCUCACAAGGGAGGACAAUAAAAUGUGGGCAGGGGACUUCCUCAGGGAGAAGGUAGCCCCGGUGGUUCCAUUCCUGCUGAGCUCCUGCAGCUUUGUGGCUGCUGUGUUUCCCCAUAGGCAUCAGCAGGACACCAGGGGUAUUUCUCCCUGGUUUUGUGCCCCAGUGAGUGAAUUCUCCAACAGCGUGAGCCUUUGGGCAGGGAGGAGGGACAUUUUUUUUAGAAGAGCCAGCUACGUGCACUUGGAUCUUUCACGAGGUGCUUUCAGCAGACGAACAAUAGAAAACUGACCCGCAGCGAUCUUCUGCACUGAGGCAUUGGUGUGGGCAUCUGAGCAGCUUCCCUGGUGCGAUGUUUCCUCUUGCCUUUAUAUUUUUUACGAUUGCAUGUGAAGGAGUCUCCUGUGCAGGCCUCUUGCAGGCUCUGGUGGCCGUGGAAAUAUUAACCGAAGGAAUAGUUCUCUUAACGUGCUGACCAGAUCUUUAGGUCUUUCUGAUCAUCUGGUCGCAAGGUUUUUCUGAUCUCCUGGGUAACAUUCAAUGCUGGGGUGUGGUGGGCUGCUUCUCAGACCUCUUUUAUUUCCUUACUCUCUACAUUCUUCAUCAUUCUUUCUUUUAUUCUCCCAUUCUCAGAUAUUUCUCCAAUGUAAGUAAUGCCAACCAGCGAGUCUUCCAUGGUCCUCAGCAAAUCGGAGUGUAAAAUUAAAAGGAGAGAUUCCUACAAUUCAUAACAUACAUUUUGGAUUGCUAGAAUGACAGUGCAAUAGAUGAAAGUAUUUCUCAGAUCGGCAAGUAAGGUGAUGUUUUCACAGCACGCUAAUAUGUCAUGAACUAGGUAGGUCCUGAGGGUACAACAUCGAUCGUGGGAGUGCACACGCUUGCAGUGAAUGUGUAGGUGUUUUUAGCAAGAGUUUACCUUCUCACAGGUUCUUCUUCUUUUGAGAAGGUGCCUCGGUAGAAAGUCAUGAAGAAAAAUUGAAAUUAUUCUUUUUAAUACCCACAAGCCCAAAUAAAAUUGAGGAGGGUGACUGGAAAAAUCUACACUAGUGUUUAGUAAACUUCAACUUGGACUUCAGGAGAGAAGGUCAUGAGAGACCUUAGCUCUGUCAGGGACAGUUUAGGUUUUGUCUUUAAAACUAGACAAAACCACUGUUGCUGGGAAAGAAUAGUUUGGUGAAGGAAAAGUUAUAAAAGCUGUGUCUCAGAACAAUCUUCUCAUUCGUCUUCAGCCAUUUAAGGAGAAAAAAAAGCAACAGUGACUGUUUGGGGAGCUUUCCCCUUUGCCGUCCUGCUGCUUCUCAUGAUUCUUUGCUUUCCUCUGUUUUAUUCUGCUUUCACAUCCUCCUCUGGCUACUAUGGAGCAAAGCAGCGGAAGUAUGAAAAGAGAAAGUGGGCUUGGCUGUAGAUGGACAGUAAUGUCUGGAGAAGGCUUUCUUUUUCUGUCUCCUUAAAGUACGUGUUGGCAGCUUUUCAGUCUAUUCUGGCUUACAGAAUUCAGUUUGGAAGCGAACAGGAUGAAACUUGGGCUUUUUGGCCUUAAAACUCCGCUUACUCGAUGGAGGAAAAAAAUGCGUUCUUCCUACUCCUUCCCCUUGCUAGUCCCCCAAACACACACACAGCGAGGUGUCCGGAGUACCCGCGUGUCGGCUGCGUGUUGAACUUGGUCCAGUAUCGCUCGUGUUUUCCCUGCCCACGGGGGUGGGCUCCGCAUAGGGAACGUGCCCAGGUAUCCUCCGGAAAACUUGAACCGGGGUGCGGAUCGCUCUGGUGUAGCUGACAGCUGAUUUACCCUGAAAUGACUCUUUAACCCGCGUCUUAAACACGGUGCAGGUGGUUCCGGUGCAAAUAGAUUCAUUCUAAAGUGAUGGACAGUUGGAUUCUCACGCAAAAUAGCGACAUCCUACCAGAAGGGGUUGAACCAGUUUCUCUGAACAGUGAUGACCUUCACUGUACAGUUAUGGGUAUGUCUCAGGGAUUCCUUGUGGAAAUAAGGGCAGUUAACAAAUAAAAAAAUAAAAAUUAAAAAAAAGUACAUAGUUUUAAAAGUAAAUAAUAAUUUAAGGUAGAGCGUCACCUAAAUGAGAGCGCAAGGAGGAGAAAUCUUUGGUCGGUUUUAUAGUCCAUGGUGUCUGGCUUAGGGACUCUUUCUCUUCUCGGGGCUCUCAUCUCAAGUUCAACAUACAGAAUCUUUUUCAUCACGCUCAGCUUUAAACUUUUUAUUUAAAGAUACCCUUCCCCAAUGAGCUUUCAGAAUACUUAUUGUAGAUUUUAAGAGAAAUGGUAUAUUAAUUUAUGCUAUUAACAUCACCUCAUAAAUUAUAAGUUUUAUACUAAAGCUGUAUUGAGUGUAAUGAAUUAUGUUGCAUAUGUGUUUUUAAUAGCUAUAAAAUUAUAUACAAGCUUUUUUUGAAAAACAAACUAGUGAAGCACCUUUUUACACUGGAUCUUUGCCGUGUCAAGGUGUACAGCUAUUCUUUGCUACCUUGCAGAUAUCUAUAUCUAUAUAUAGAUAUAUAUAUAAAUAAAAUAAAAUGGUAUCCUGUAUCAACAAAGCAUAGAGCUCUUUUUAACCCUUAUAUUGCUGUUCCUAUAACUGUUUUUAAAUUUUAUUUUGAGUGUUACAUUCUGCAAUAAUUUACCUGUGGUUUGUACCUAUGAUUAGAAAUUUAGUUACAGGGUAAAUAGAUCAAAUUAAAAAAAUCCAACUACUGUAGCUGGAAGUUGUGAACCAAGUUUGUAAGACCUUUUCUCUCUCUUUUGUUUCUCUUUCGAUGUAUUUAUUUCCAGUUAGCUCUGUGAGUUGGAAUUUGAAAAGUCAGAAAAUUAGGAAUCUACAGUGUCUUAUUCAGGAAUUUUUCCCCUCCUUUCCUCACAAAGGAAUUCCCACUGUGACUUAUAAAUAGAUUUAGACUGCUUGUGUGCAUGUAUGUAUUAUAUAUACACACAAAAAAUAUGCAUUGGGGGGAUGUACGUGCGAUACGGAUGUGUAUAUUGUAUGUAGGUCAUAGUUGUGUAAAGAGAAAAGUAGUCAAGAGGUGAUGGACUAUAUUGUAGAAAUGUGAUUAUUUAGUAGGGGGUUGUUAUGUCCUCACUGUUGUAUAAAUAACUGAAACUCUCUACUACAUAAUCUUCUGUUAUAAGGCUAACUCUGAUAUCAUGUCAAUUUUCCUUUUUUUUUAAAUGAGUUGCAUUGAACCCUGUUUAAAAUGCCAUGAAAAUACCAAGCUCCCAAAGACAGCCUUGAAAUAAAACAGAUGGGGGAGGAGGGGUGGGAGAAAUGAGGGAGAUAUUUUUCAGGAGAAACUGAAAUGGGAAGAUCUGCAUUCGGUGUGAAGGGGAGACAAAGGAAUCGCUGUCUCUUUGCAAAUUAAUACCCCAGUCUUCUAUUGUCUGACUUGGAAAAUGUUGUCAGUGUACUUGUGUUUUUGAAUUAGGUUGUAAGGGGCACUUGUUUGUGGGGUGAUCUCUGUUCUGUAAAAGGAUCUCGUCUUCGAAGUAGAUUCUUUUCUUUCCUGAGAGUCUUGGCAUGUAUUAAUUUUGCCCCAAAAUUGCUGUUGUGGGAUUGCAGAACAAAAUACAAUUUCAGUCCAGGCCGUUUCACUUGUGCUGUGAAAUUCUCAAUUUAAUUGUGGCCACAUUUUUUUUUCAUCAUUGGAGAAGGAAGUUUUUUCUUUAUGGGAGUUCUCACUUGAAACUGUGAGAAGUCAGAAACAUUCUUACAGAUUGGCUUGCUCUUCAUACUGCUCUAUUUAGGCUGGAGAAAGUAACCUAAUUGUUAUUUAUUCAUGCAGUAUCACUUCUAGUGAUGAUGAUCCUGGUGACUUUAAAAAUCUGUUUAGAAAAACAGACCUUGCAGUAUCGCACAGACAUUUGAAUUUUUGAAGGCUUUUUUUUUAAGCAAAUAAAAUUUUAAUUCUUUGUUUUUUAAAGUUUUAUAUCAGGCAUCCCUCCCCUCUUCCUCUCCUCACAAUUUGUUUCUGGCACACAUGCGUACAAUUAAAAGGGCAGGGAGGUGGAAGUUGUCAGGGGCUUUUCCUUCUGCUUAUUUGGUGGCAAUGGGGGUCAGCAGCCUAAAUCUUUAUGCCUCUGUGGGGAAGAAUAGACCCAUUUUUGUGUAUACCUGUACAGAGAGAUAUAUCUGUAUAUGAGAGGUUGGUGGCACUUUGCUGAAUGUGGACUUGCCCUCAUGAUGUACAAUAAAUACUUAUGAAUGCGGUCAAUCUAGAUCUAUAUAUACGUGCAUACAGAUGUAUAGAUGGGAUAUACGUUGUAUCACACAUGUACAUUAGUUGUAACAUGAGUAAGUGUGUGAGCUAAAGAGGGAGACUAUCCAUGUAACACGUGUGUAACAGGUAAGCACUUGUGCCAAACAAAGUUGCCCUAACUCUUCUGAGGGAUUUGGAUGACGCUGGUGACCGGUGGCUUUGUCACCACUGAUUUGUGUUCCGUCAGCCCCCGCAGUGGAGUUUUCUUGGUACGUUCCUGCUUUUGUUUAUUCCAUAUUAAUACUCAUUGAGGCCUCUUGCAAUGCCCACCUCUUCUGCUUCUCUUCUCCAUCACCUCCAUCCCACCUCCUCCUUGCCUCGCAUCUCCCCAGCAAUCGGCUUUAAUGGCCCAAUCCAGCUCUGCUUACACAUUAGGGUAAUUAAUUCUCUUGGUGGCUGGAGUGGCAGCUGAAUUGGGCCCUGAGCAUUUGCUUGGACUCCUGCAGAAUUUCUCAGCUAUUCAAUUGUGCUUGAGUAGGACUGCGACUGAUUUGCAGAUGAACACAAACUUAGAACCCCACGCAAAGCUUCCUGGCAUGUUAAAAGGUUAACCCAGCAUUGCGUGCUUGACGUUAAUGUUCAAGCUGAGACAAACGCACCCACUGAAAACGAUCUUCAGUUUUCAGCCCUAGGGAGAAAAAGGGAGUUUGGUUGGUGUUUGGUGUAACACAGGCAGUGAGCAGAAGGCAGCUCUGUGCUCUGUUCUGUCGUCAAACACGUCUAUAGAAACAGAGCUUUUACCAUUAAACGGACCUCAAAACGAGCUGCAGAGUUGACCAUUAACAUGCUAGCACUUUGCAUCUAAUUGUGCAAUGAAUUAUCUUGCUUACGCAACUAAAUUGUUGGUUUAAGUAUUUUAUUCUCUGUUUUCUGGCUAAAUGGAGCUUCUGUAUCCUUUUAGCAGAAAGCAGCUGUCAGAGCCCUGCUCAGUCACACUUAAGCACUGUUGAAACUCCUGGCUAACUUAGAGUUCCGUUUCAACGGAGAAUGAAUGCAGCAUCCCACGUGUUCGGUAUGGAUACGGCACCAUUUUUCUUGGCCACAAUUCAGCCCUGGAAUUUGGUCUUCCUUGCAUUUCUGUUAGAAAAAAGGUAACUGGUAUAUCGUUCCAUCUGAGCUUUCAUGCGAUCACACAUGACGAUUUCUAUACUACAUAUGUUUGGGUGUGUGUAUGAGUAUGUCUGUGUACUGUGUGUGUAUAAUACGGAUUUAUACACACACAUAUAUUACUCUAUUUCAGUUUAUGUAUGUGGAGAACAUACCUGUUGGUUCUCUCCUGAUAUAUACUGACGCAUACGUAUAUUAAAUAUGUAUAUAGAUUGUAGAUGUCCUGCAUAUACAUCUGUAUAUGUUACGAACUUCGGUUGGCAAUUAUUUUCCCACUUUUUGCAAAUUGCUGUCCCAUAUGACAUAUUUUCACUGAAGCUGCAUUAUAUAGAAGAAACAGAGAAAUGUGUUAUCAAAGUUUUAUUUUAAAAAGGAGACUCUUAAUAAUCUAAAGCCAUUUGUAAUUGUCUUUUGAAUUUUUACUCGAAGGUUGUUAUUUUUAAAAAGGGGGGGGAAAAAAGAAAACAAAAAAAUGAAAAGCAAGAAGUCAAGCCCUUAACUCCCACCAUCACAUAGAUGGAUAUGAGAAAAUAGUGGAAAUACAAGUUUCUCAGUGUUUAUUUCUUCCAGGGGUUUCUGAGGCAUACUGCAAUAACAUUCUGCCCCGUCCCCCCCUUUUGUCCAAUUAUAAUUAAUGAUUCAUGGUUUCUUUUACACAGCUUUUUCCCCUCAUUACUUUCGUAAAUCAUCGUUCACCUCCUACACUCAAUAGUACUGAUACCACUAAGGAGAUUUCAUGUCCUUCUGUCCUUUUCAGGAGAAACACCAGUGCAGCACUGUUGUGUUACAUUUUAACAUACUUUGUGGAGGAUGGAUGUUUGUUUUGAAGAUGUCUGUAACAAAUCUUUUACUUACUUAAUGUGAGAAGCCUUCAUUGGAAUCUCUCCUUUCUUUCCAACAAGUUUCCUCAACUGUUUUUUCACCAACUUAUUAAGUAGUUCCCUUCUUAUUUGAUGCCUGAGGUUGCUCAGGGUUUGGGUUUAUUGUUGUGGGUUUGGUUUUUGCUGUAUUUUCUUUUUCCUCCAAUUCCCCAAACUGUUUAUCUGCAAGUGGAGCAAAACAGAUGCCAGAAUCUCAACCAAUAUCCUUUUGAUAGUUAAGGGUAAAUAUCCUCGAUUUAAUAACAGAGAAGGUGGCACGUGGACAAUCUGCAGUGCUCAGAGGGAAUGCUCACUCUUUUAAGGCUGUCUCAGAGAAGUUUGUGUUUGGUGUCAUUUUAAAGGUAGCUUGAUCACGCUUUGAUAUCAGAAACAGCCUUGUAACAAAGAGCCUCGUACAGUUGUUUGGCCACUAGAGUUUAAAACCUAAACAAGUUGCAGUGGGAAAGCAAAGGUGAGGCAGCGUCUUUUGAACCAGUGACUUGUAGCUUGCAAACGUACCUAAUUUUGAAGUAACUGCAUGGUAGCAAGGAUUAGCGGUCUCUUACACCCCUUCCUUCUUCCCUUCCAUCCCCGACACAUGUGUUCAGCAUACCGUGCAUUGGGAAAAAUAGACAACGUGCUCCAGCAAAGCUAAAAACACUUAAUGACUGCUUAAAGGGAACAUGCAAACUCGCAUUGCCGCGUCCCGUCUCAUGGUAUUAGCUGGAAGACCGGCUAAUACGCACAAAGAGCCCGGUCCGGGUUGCUCCUGCAGAUGUGUGGCUUUCGGAGGGGUGCGUGGGGACACCUGAGAAGAAGGGUCCCCUCCAACGGGGUCCCCGGCAGCGAUAGCGGCUCGUACCUCGUACCGCUUCUCGUGCUGGAGGCUCACGGACCAUUCCAGGGGCGGGUAGGAAAGCUCGCGUUUGUACUUUCCCUUUAAAUAGGAAAGGUUGGCUCACAUGUUCCUCAGACUUCUCAAUGAAUGUACUGUAUUACCAUUUAAAAAAAAAAAAAAAAAAAAGAAGAAAAAAAUCAAUGAAAUGAUAAUAGAUUGGUCUCCUUUUGUUAUCUGGUCCUUGUUUAAUUUGUUUAAGGGUUUUUGUAUACAAAAGUUUACAUUUUUAUGUAUAUUUUUCUUGUGUAAAAACUGAUGUAAUAUGUGUAUAAAACACUGUAUGUAUUAUCUGUAUAUAGUGUGACAAAAUGAUUUUCUUUCUUUCUUUUGGAUGUAUUAAUAAAUCUUGCUGUGAAGUA